AUGUCCAGCUCAGACAGACCCUCAGGGGAGACAGACGUCCGGCAGCUGCUGAAACUCUACCGAACCGAGAUCUCCAUGGCGGUGGACGACACUUUCCCGUUGCUCCAUGGCCUGGCCGAUCAUGACGUCAUCACGGAGGACAAGUUCAGGGAGACUCAGAGUCUGGGAGAAAAGGACGGCUGCCACAAGGCGCUCCACGCCCUGCUCAGCUGGCUCCUGGGGAGGGACUCAGCCUCCAUCCGCGCCUUCUGGGCGGUGCUGUUCAAGGACUACAACCUUGAGAGAUAUGGCAGGUUACAGGCCAUUCACAGCAGUUUCCCCAAAGAUGUGGACCUCAGCCGAGGCCACAAGGGGAGGAGGCCCCCAGCCAGCCUGAAGGUCUCCAGUACAUACAGACUCCCGGGGAAGCGAAAGGGCCUGGAAGAAAAGGAGGCCCCUCAGCCGGCCUCCCAGGCCCCGAGAGGUGCUUCCAGUCCAGGACCCCCCCACAAGGUGAAGCCCCCCAGGAAGCCAGAGAACUCAGAGCCCCCGCGCUUCCCCCUGGGAAACGGAAUCCGGAGCGUGUCUGCUUCGGUCCAGAGGGCUGUGGCCGUGGCCGCCAGUGAGCUCCCGGGCACCUGCGGGGCAGUGGAGGGGGUCCUUAUUAAACAGGUGUUUGAGUCAGGAGGCUCCAAGAAAUGUAUCCAAGUUGGUGGAGAGUUUUAUACACCAGGCAAGUUUGAGGAGCCCAGUGGGAAGAACAAAACAAGAAGCCCGAAGCCGCCAACCCGAACCAAAGCGACCCAGGUGCCCCAAAACCAAGCCUCUUCCCAGAACUGCUGCAUAGGAGCUUUGCCCGCCGCAGAGGGCACCGGCUCGGGGGCAGAGCCCCUUCCACUGGGUGAGGGCCCUCUGGUUUUCCGCCCCCAGGGCAGAGCGGAGCUGCAGCUGAGCCAACAGAGCGGCGGGCCUGCCACGCCAGCCCAGCCCCCAGAGCUGCACCUCCACCAGAAGAAUGAUGAUGAAUGUGCUGUAUGUAGAGAUGGCGGGGAGCUGAUCUGCUGUGAUGGGUGUCCCCGGGCCUUCCACUUGGCCUGCCUGGAGCCGCCAUUGACAGAAAUCCCCAGUGGGAUGUGGCGGUGUGGAUGCUGCAUAGUUGGGAAGGUGCACCAGGACGGGCGUCACGGAGACCAGAGAGACGGCCCCUCAGAGACUCUGGCUCCCCUUGGGCUAAGGCCAGCUAGAACACAGGUGAAGAACCCCACCCAGGAGCCCCCCCCAGGACUGGGGGCCACUUUCACCUUCAAGCAGCCUCUCCCCCCUGCUUCUUCUCCGGCCCUGAUGUCAGCCCUUCCCCUGACUUCCUGCCAGCCCCUGCAGAGCUCGGGGCCUGAGAGGCAGCAGGGGGCUGCUCAGACUCUGCUCACAGACCUACGGCAAGGGGGCAAAUUGUUCCAUUCUGGAACGGCCUUCCAGCAGAAGCUCUCGGCUGAAGAGCAGUGUGGGGUCUGCCAAGGAAGUAAGGACGUGCUUCAUUGCGCCCAGUGCUCCAGGGCCUUUCACUGGCACUGCCACUUUCCAGAUGACUCCAACAGCACAGGGGGGAUCAUCAAGUGCAAACUCUGUUCCCAAGCCCCCGUCCUCCCUCCCGGAGAGGAUGCUCUGAGCCCCAGCAUCUCAGCCCUGGAGCCCAUGAAGAGUCUUCCCAGAGGAUCAGGACAAACUCUCGGACAGGGUGCUCAUGUAGCUUGGUCUGACAUUCACUUCUCUCCACCCCAGGCGAGUGGAGAGUCUUCUCGGACUGAGACCAUUCUGAAUAAAGAUGAGCUGGACUCAUUUCUGGGAGAGAACUCCUUUGACGGAAUCCUGCAGUGGGCCUUCCAGAAUAUGUCACGGCCCCUUUCUGAGGCCCAGGGCUUUUUCUCUUAACGCCCUAUAAAAAUGGAGCCCAGCCGCUCACGGAGGAAUGCAGACAGGUGAUGGUGAUGGACAUCUUGGGAACGCCUGGGCUCUUCCCACAACCAUCCCCGCCAAUCUGCAGCUUUCUUGUGCUUGCCCUGAAUGUGGGAGCAAUGCCAGUGUUUGGCCAUGUGAUGCCACGGGACAAAAGUACUCAAGAUUAUUCAUUUCUGGGC